GGCGUAUCUCUUUCUCUUACUCUCUCUCUCUAAACUUUUGUAGAGAGAGAGAGAGAGAGAGAUCUCUGUAGUCCGGAGUGCGAUACAAACCCUUAUUUAGUGGCUGACUGGCUUCAGUACUGUGAAUUGACCCGAAAUGGUGGUAUCGGGAGACCCAUACCCCUUCUCUUUCUCACUCUACCCCAGAAAAGUUACAGAGAAAGCCGGAGAAGGGGGGGCCUGAACCCAAAACCCAGUGGAUCUCUCUCUCUCUCUCUCUCCCCGAAAUCGAUCUGGGAUCACACAAACCAGGUACACCUGUUCUAGUGAUCUUCGUUCAAUUCCUUUAAAAUUUGAUACACACAACAAUCUCUCUCUCUCUCUCUCUGUCCUAUUGAUUUCGCCAUUGCUGUCUCUCUCUGUAGCUCAAAAUCAAAUAAUGCAUGGUUUCGAAUUUGAUUGCCCAAUGUGGGUUGCUCCCAAAAUAGUUUUUUGCUAUCGAUUUGGUUGAUGGGUCAUUAGGUAUAACCAAUUUUCUCCUAGUUUUACAUUUUUGGAGUACUUUCAUGGCUUUCGCUUCUUCAGUCACCAUCUCUACCACCUUUUCCUCUUAAUUUUGCAUUUAUUGGUAUCUGUUCACUCUUUAUAGCUCUUAUUUCAUAUUGAUUUCGCCCCCCCCCACCCAUCUCUCUCUCUAUACCUCUCUCGUUGUGAUUUAUUGGAUUUUGGUCCUCUCUUUCUAGAUUGUUAUUUGAACCAUAUUGAGCAGAGACUCUGUGAUCAAACAUGGCUAACAAUCCUCCUCCUCCUCCUCAUGUUGUUGCUUCACCUCCAAUCACUCCACCACCAAGACCUGAAAAAAGACCCAUCCCCCCGGCUUUCUCUUCUCCUUCUACAACAAGGUUUUCCCCUCAAAAACCAAUGGACUCAAACCCAAAAGACCAUCCCACCCAACCUGCUUUCUCUUCUCCUAUAACCAGAUUUUCACCUCAAAAACCACUCGAUUUGAACCCAAAAGACCAACCAAUCCCUCAUUCUCUCCCUUCUUCUGCUACCAGGUUUUCACCCCAAAACCCCAUUGAUUCAGACUUAAAAGACCAACCUUCAUCCUCAAUGAGAAGCCCCUAUGAUAAUCACAAAAAUCCUCAAGACCCAAGCUUUUUGACCCCUCCUCGCUCUUCCAGUGAAACUGUUCCCAUGACGUAUAGAACCAGUGGUAAGACUGACAGCCCCAUUUCUCAAUUUAACAGCCCACCUGCUCCCCCAGUUUUCUCUUCCCCACUUCGCCCAGCUGCUGCCCCUUUUAGUCCUUCUCCGGCUUUACCCCAGCCGAGGGCACUUUUGUCGAGUUUUAAUUUUGCCGGCUCUGGUGGCCCCUCUUUGCCAACAUCUUCGUUGCCCAUUCAUUCAAAUGGGGGAACAACUGAGUUGCAGACUGAUGCUUUGGUGAAUUCGAAUGACUCUGUGUUAUCUGGGGCAUCACCUCACGUGCUCUUCUCAGCACAUAAGGUAUUGAAGCAGAAGAAACUCGGAAGCAUCCCAAGCCUGGGAUUCAGUGCACUGGUUUCACCUGGAGGGGAAAGUCCAUUGGGCAGCUCUCAAACAGUGCAACAUGCUCCACACAGAUGUGUCAACUGUGGAGCCUACAUAAACCUAUACUCCAGCAUAGUUCCGAGCUCUGGCGAGUGGAAAUGCAUCUUCUGCAAAAACCUAAACAGUAGCAAUGGUGAAUAUAGGGCGGCCAGUCGAGAAGACCUUAAAAACUGGCCUGAACUCUCUUCCCCAACUGUCGAUUACAUUGACACAGGGAAUAAACGGCCAGGAUUCAUUCCCGUAUCUGACUCUCGAAUGUCUGCCCCCAUUUUCCUGGUCAUAGACGAGUCCUUAGAUGAAGCUGUCCUACAACAUUUGCAAAGCUCACUCCAUGCCUUUGUGGAUUCUCUUCACCCCACGACACGGAUUGGGGUCAUUUCAUAUGGUAAAACUGUUUCAGUUUAUGAUUUUUCAGAGGCUUCAGUGGCAUCAGCUGACUUGCUCCCAGGCAACAAAUCCCCAACUCAAGACUCACUUAAAGCCCUACUAUAUGGGACUGGUAUCUACUUAUCCCCUGUCCAUGCUUCUCUCCCUGUUGCUCAUACCAUCUUCUCAUCCUUAAGGCCUUAUAACCAUAACUUGCCUGAGGUCUCAAGGGACCGGUGUUUGGGUACAGCUGUGGAGGUUGCCUUAGCUAUUAUAAGGGGCCCCACUGCUGAAAUACCACGUGGAUCAGUGAAGAGAUCAGGUGGGAAUUGUCGUAUCCUAGUUUGUGCUGGUGGUCCUAAUACUUAUGGUCCAGGAUCAGUUCCCCAUUCUUUUGGCCACCCCAACUAUCCGUACAUGGAGAAAAGAGCUUUGAAGUGGAUGGAGCAUUUGGGUCGAGAGGCUAGGCUUUGUGAUACAGUGGUUGAUAUAUUGUGUGCUGGCACUUGCCCGGUAAGAACCCAGGUUUUGCAGCCGCUAGCAAAGUCCUCGGGAGGUGUUUUGGUCCUUCAUGAUGAUUUUGGGGAGGCUUUUGGGGUGAACUUGCAAAGGGCUUCAAUGCGAGCUUCAGGUUCUCAUGGAAUGUUUGAAAUUCGGUGCUCCGAUGGUAUUCUUGUCAGUAGAGUCAUUGGGCCUGGUGAAGAGGCACCCUCAGAUGCUAUUGAGACUUUCAAAGACGACUCAUCUACUUGCAUUCAAAUGUUGGGUGUUGAAGAAACACAGAGUUUUGCUGUUUCCAUGGAAACCAAGAGUGACAUUAAGGACGAUCACAUGCUUUUCCAGUUCGCAUUUCGAUAUUCUAACAUCUAUCAGGCUGAGGUAUCUAGGGUUUCUACUAUCAGAUUGCCAACCACUGAUAACUUAUCGGCCUAUUUGGCUAGUGUCCAGCCUGAAGUGGCAACUGUUCUAAUGGCCAAAAAAACUCUUUUGCUUGCACGAACCUCGUCAGAUGCUCUUGAUAUGAGAGUGGCAGUGGAUGAGAGGGUGAAAGAUAUAGCUGUGAAAUUUGGGUCUGUGCCUGGUAAAUCAAAGCUUCACCAAUUUCCCAAGGAGCUUUCAACGUUGCCUGAGAAUUUGUUCCACCUUAGGCGCGGGCCUCUUUUAGGGAGUAUUAUUGGCCAUGAAGAUGAGAGAUCGGUACUGAGAAAUAUAUUCUUGAAUGCUUCCUUUGAUUUGUCGCUAAGAAUGAUAGCACCUCGUUGCUUGAUGCAUCGAGAAGGGGGAACUUUUGAGGAGUUGCCUGCAUAUGAUCUUGCCAUGCAAUCGGAUGCCGCAGUUGUCCUUGACCAUGGAACUGAUGUCUUCAUUUGGUUGGGUGCUGAACUUGCCACACAGGAAGCAAAGAGUGCAGCAGCUCUGGCAGCCUGCAGAACGCUGGCCGAGGAGCUCACUGAACAACGAUUUCCUGCCCCUCGAAUCCUUGCUUUUAAAGAGGGUAGCUCUCAAGCUCGAUAUUUCGUUUCAAGAUUGAUACCUGCACACAAGGAUCCUCCUUACGAGCAGGAGGCAAGGUUUCCACAGCUCCACACUCUCAGUAGGGAACAGAGAGAAAAACUAAAGAGCAGUUUCCUCCAUUUUGAUGAUUUUAGCUUCUGCGAAUGGAUGCGUAGCCUUAAACUGGUGCCACCUGAGCCUAGUUAGCAGUUGCUUCCUUAACAUCCUUUUGAUGGUUCUACUACUAUUUGAAGGUGCCCAACACCAGGCAAGAAGGCAUACACAUUUUUUGGAUGACAAUUUACAGAUAGCAACAGUAAAAACAAUUCUCAGAUUUUUUCUUUUCAAAGUUCCUCUCUCUCUUUCUCUCUCUCUCGGGUGUCUGUGAGGCUUGGGGGGACAAUGAGUCACUUCGUCCUUUGUUCCUUUCAUACUUCUUGUUCUUUUAAUGACAGAAUUUUUUGCAGAAAGAUACUUCGACAUUGCCAUCCCAUUUUCUGUUAUUAUAGAGUUGGGGUAUGAUGAAGGAAACAAUAAAGAUGGCAAUAUGAAACGGUACCCUUAUGUUAUUUUUGGGUGAAUAAUAAGUACACCCUUUGUUUGGAAACAAUGACUUCAUUUAUGCAUCAUUUAGCCAUUGAAAUUUGAUGUUGGUCUA